CACAAACAAGAUGGCGGCGCCAGGCGGAGAGAAGGAGGAUGUUCGCGGGAAAACGAGCCCUGAGCCCGGGAAACUGGAGUUCUCUCUGGACGUCCCCUUCCCGACGGCUGGAGAAGCCGAGGUCGCUCUCCGCUCGCUGUCCCCGGACCGCGAGCCGAGGAAAGGCGGGAUCAGUAAACGCCUCUCGCUGUCCGGCAGCACGUUGUCUGUGAGGUGGAGCGCUGACGAAGCCCGAGUUCUCCGAGUGUCUGUGAACUCGUUUCUGGAUCAUCUGUCACUCGUCGUGGAGACCAUGCAGAUGUUCGGCCCCCCCGUUUCCCAGUGAAGCUUCUGGACUGAUUCACGACUCCCGAGUCUUGGAUCUUGGACUUUCCCACAGGACUCGGGUGCGACACCUGGAACAGCUUCAAUCUGGAGCUUCAUAAAAGACGUCUGAGGAACUGGCAGCUUCAGAUCUGACUUCUGGUUUAAAAUGAAAGAUCUGAAUGUUUCCUUGUGGUCGGACCUCAGAGGCCGGGGGUGGGGACUGGGGCGGAGUUUCUUUUGUAAAGAUCAGCUCCAGAUAAUUUUUGUAAUUUGUUUCUGCAAGAAAACAUUUGAUAAAAAGUGUUGAAAUUGCAUAACAGGCUCCUGUCAUUUAAAAAUCCAGAGUUUAAAUAUCUGUGAUUGAUUAUUUCAAAAGUUGCUCACAAG